GAGGCCGUUGAGACAAGUGCCACUCUGGCCGAAACACCAGGUCGGAAGGGCUCCAACCAGUACCAGCAAAAGUAGGCGCAUCCUGGGGAACCAUACCCCCGUCUGGCGUGUUUAUUGCAUCCGCUUCAUCAUUCGAAGCGUCCUCCUCAGCAGCUCGAACCACCGACGAUUCGGCGAGCUUUCUCCGAGUGUGACGAGGCAUACUAAAUCAAGUGAAGUACAAAGUGUCAAAAUUCUAAACUAGGGGAUAUCCUAUACUAGCCUAUACAAAGUCAAAAAAUUCAAAAUAAAUCCCCAGUGGACCUCUAGUUCAAAGUACAAGUCCAACACCAACGCCUAGGCUACCCAUGCCAAAGCAGGUAUACAAGUUCAACACCAACGCCUAGGCUACCCAUGCCGAAGCAGGUAUACAAGUUCAAACACCAACGCCUAGGCUAUCCAUGCCAAAGAAAGUAUACAAGAUCUACAUCAACGCCUAGGCUAUCCGUGCCGAAGCCGAUACAAAAAUAUACAUUCAAGAAAACUUUCAAAAAAUUCAAAACUACAAGUUCCAACAGUUCAAGUUCAAAUGGCUAUCAAACAAUCUUCCACAAGAUUCAAGAAGCUUAAGCAUACAAGCAUCAUUUCAAAGUACGAGAAAAUCAAAACUACAUGCAAUCCUAGAGUUAUUUCAUAAGCAAAACAUGAAAUACUUACAUGGAUGAGGCAAGAACAAGACCAAGGGAAGAUAAUUCGACCUUUGAGAGAGAAAGAGAGCAAGAAAGCAAGAUGUUGCUACUCAUAAUGGCACGGCAAGGGGCGCUUAUAUAGCGCAGCCCCACGCCGUACGCCGCCCCAGUGCCCAGCGCUGCCCACUGCAUGCGCGAAUCUUCAGCGCGCGCGGUCUCCCGUGCUGAUUGCACGUCCUUUACUGCUACGGUCUUCCGCACCAAGCAUCAAACUUCGCAUCGGACCAUCCAUCGAAAAUACGGGAAUACACCUGUAUCUCCAAGUACAAACAGAUGAAUAUUUCAAGAAUAUAAAGUCCAAAAAAUACAACGACUCAGGCGUUCAACUCCCAACGAACCCAAGCUCCAAGAAUGUCAGUCAAAAUUCCAAAAUUUUAAGGGCCAGUAAAAAGCUCUUAUCCCCAGCAAAGCACAUCCCCAACGGAUUAACUCCGGGUAUUCAAAAAUUCAAAAAUUCAAAAAAUUCAAGAUUCAAAAUUUUCGAUGCCAAGCUCCGUCCUGAACUGAAGGCGGAAAAGUACAAGUACAAACCGGAGUCAUCACCAACCGCACCGAGGUAGACUCUAUCCUUUUUUCUAACGCCUGUUUUAUGCAGGUACCGGCAUACAAAGAGUGGUCUCGAUUGCAGAACAUCUUGAUCAUUCUCCGUCCCUUUCGAAAUACUUUGACUUGCGCUUUCCUAACCGAACGCUCAGUCAAAGUGGGGGCUUCUGUAGACACCUAAUUUGUGUCUCCCCUCUGGGAUGAUGACGAUACCAUUAUCCUUACUAGGUGAUUGGAAUAACUCCAGGCGGAAAUCCCAAUUGCUAAGAAUACUUCCAAAAUUCAAGAUCCAAAAUCCAACCCCCAAGACCGUUCCCCUUUCGGUUCUCGGUACAAAAUACAACUUUCCAAAUUCAAUUUCAAAAUCCUAAGUACAAUGUAAUCUAGUGGACCAUCCCAUUGGUUUUACUAGGCCUUUUCCACUCAAAAUCAUAUAAGGCAAGUCAAAUUCGGGCGCCGACCCACAAAACCGAGCAUGCCGGGCCCCGUCCCGUGAAACCGGAAUUCAAAACCCGAGAAAGGCUUGUUUUUAAACGUUAAAUGAUUCCUUAACCUCCAAGCACAUACAAAACGCCAAACCUAGUAUUAUUCGUACAACAGGUACAACACUACAAGACGAAACAAGGACGGAGCCCGCGUCCUUGCUUUGGCGGCAUUUAAGCCACGUCAGCAGCGCAUUGCGCUGGUCCAGCGUGCUGCGCUGGCGUGUGCUAGCGCCUUGCACCCAUUCCUCCUAUAAAUACCCCUCAUUUUCAGCAUAAUGGGGAGGAGAACAACAAUACAACAUCGUAAUUCUGACAGUACGCCUCAAUAUACAACUCAAAAGCUCCUCAAAAACACAUACAAAAUUCCUAAAUUCAAAAGCAAUUGGGAGCUCUUGCCUAAACCUAAAUAGGUAAAUCCGAAUCCCAUUCUAAUCAAUUAUGUUGCUUUGAUUUCAAAAUGAUUAGCAAGUUGGUGUUUUUUUAUCAUAAAAAACACCACUUGCAACAAUCAUACAUGUUUUCCAAAAAUACAAACUUUUUCAAUAUACAAAAUGCAAACUUUCAAGAUUCAAGGAUGUCCAAAGUUGUUUACAAUCACCUCUUUGGACUAGAAUCACCUUCAAGUAUGGGGUAAUCAAAGAUGACACCUUUUAACAUUUAAAGGUUUAGUCUUUUGAGAUUCAAAACUCCAUUUUUCAAUAUACAAGUUCAAGUUUUCAAUUUUCAAGAUCUCACCAUGUUUAGGGUUGUUCAUGGUUACUUCCCUAAACUAGGAUCCUUUCAAGUUCAAAUUUCAAUUAUUUCAAGUUCAAAACUUUAAUAUUCAAGCUUUCAAGUUCAAGUUUAACAUGCAAAAUCUAGGAUAUUUGGGUUGAGCAACCUCUCCCAAGUUGAGAUUUUUGGCUUUGAAUUCAUGUCGGGCGCACUUAUUUUGAAGGAGCCGCUUGGCGUUCGAAUCUCAUGUGCCCAAGUACAAAUUUCAAUUAUUCACCUUUCAAUAUUGCAAUUUCAAUAUCGCACCUUUCAAUACCGCAAUUUCAAUAUCGCACUUUCAAUACCGCAAUUUCAAUAUCACAAUUUCAAUUCUGCACUUCCAAUUCCGCAUCUUUACUUGCCUAGUCCAUUUCUAGGGAAUGUGGACCUACUCCCUAGUCCUUUUCUAGGGGGUCUUGUAUUUACUAAUUCCGCACUUUAUUUAGUAUUGUGAUGUUGCUUUAUUUGCUUUAUUGCUUUCAUCACCGCACAUGCUAAAUACAACAAAAUACAAAGGUUACAUCACGCUUAACAAAGAUAAUUUCUUGGAUAAACCGGCCUUAGGUUCCUUAAAUCAAUAUUUAAAGCAAAGUGACCACCAUACAAUUAGAGAUUCUAUUUGCUCUAAAUUCAAACCCACAUAGUCUAAUCUAGGGUAUAUUUUCGAAAAAAUGUUGUGCCAACGUACUUGAAUAUUUAUAAAGCUCGCGGAUUAAGCAUUUCGUUCCCGUGCCCGGAUCUCACCCAUCCGUUUCGAGGAUUCAAAGCCUUAUCCAAAAUAGAGUCACUUGCGGUCUCUCCAAACGAGACUUUAAACAAUGUUUGGUGGCGACUCCUUCGAGGUACAAAAAUUCUAUGGUUUUCUAAAGAACCGCCUCUCUUGUAGAACGGGAAACAAGUUUUGCACAAAAAAAACCCCCUACAUGAGUACAUGUUAGUUUUGGUGAAACUCAACGAUAUAAGUAAGGAGUCCUUUUGUGUCGUGGAAAAUGAGAUAGGUUUACCUAAUAAGCUCUUAGAAGUACCUAUCAACCAAGAGUAGUUUCUAGACUAUUAGCAAAGGCUUUGCUUGCCUAAAGUAUUUUAGAAUUAAGUCUAAAUACAUAAUGUGCUUAAUUCUUCAAUGAUUUAAGGGUCUUGGAAUCAUUUUAUUCACACCUGCCGGAACACAUAACUUGAAUAAAAUGCUUAAUAAAUGAUAAAUUAUGCAUGUUUGCUAGAAUUUAAGUUUAUUAAGAUAAACUGUGAAUGGUUAUUUAUUUGUUUAUUCUUUUUCAAUUGUAGUUUUAACUAUGGAAAACAACAAUUCAUUCAACAUCCGCUCAAUUCUCGAAAAGGAGAAGUUGAACGGGAAAAACUUCCUUGACUGGCAAAGGAACUUGCAAAUAGUUCUUAUGCAGGAAGAAAAGGAGUAUGUCCUGGAAGAGGCGAUGCCUGAAGCCGCUGGCGACGGGGUCACUCAGGCAGCCCUCAAUCGUUGGAUUGAUUCCAACAAGGAUGUAAAAUGUCUAAUGCUUGCAACCAUGAGUGCAGAUCUACAGAAAACGUUCAUCGACUCAGAUGCUUUCACGAUCAUCAAUGAGUUAAAGAACAUGUUCCAAGAUCUGGCUCAAGUCGAAAUAUUCGAGACUCAUAGGCAAAUUCUUGAGACCAAGCUUAAGAAAGGUGUGCCCGUAAGUCCACAUGUUCUCAAAAUGAUUGGACUCAUUGAGAAUAUGAGUCGGCUGGAUCAGCGAUUCUCUCAGGAAAUGGUUGUAAACACCAUCCUCCAUUCUCUUCAUAGCGGGCAUGAUCAGUUCAAGCUGAACUACAAUAUGAAUAGUCUGGACAAAACGCUCAUUGAGCUACAUGGUAUGCUGAAGACCGCUGAAAAGGCGCUCAAAAGUGAUAAGCAAGAUGUGCUUAUGGUGUGUGGGGGCAAGUUCAAGAAAUCUGGUAAGAAGAGGAAUGCUAAGAAAGGUGGAAAGAAGGCCAGCCCAACUAAGCAAACUGGCGGCACCAAGUCUGAAAAGAUGAAGGUGAGCCAACCCACUUCUGAAUCUGAAUGCUUCUACUGCAAGAAGAAGGGGCAUUGGAAGAGAGAUUAAUUGCUUGAAGCUUAAGGAAGAUCAGAAGAACGGAACGGUCGUUCCAUCUUCAGGGACUAAGAAGAAGUAGAAGGUUAAGAAAGGGUGAAGUCGACCUACGAGUGGGAAAUGGAGCACAGAUUGGUGCAUUAGCUGUAGGAACUUAUUAUUUGUCGUUUCCCUCUGGGCUAGUUUUGGAACUGGAAGAAUGUUUCCAUGUUCCAAGUCUUACUAAAACCAUCAUUUCUGUUUCUUGCUGA